AUGGCGGCGCAACCACGGACCUACAACAUCUCCCUUUCACCGCUCGAGACGGCUGCCCUCGCCGUCCUCCUGCCGCUGCUCGCCUACAUCGCCUACGCGCUGCACGCCCUCGUCGCGGCGCAGCGCAUCCAGGCCGCCAGCCAGACGACCGCGAUCGACACACUACUACGCGAGCUCCGCGACACGGCCACCGCCAUCCGCGACAGCACCACCGCCGUGCGCGACACCGUCCGCGCCUCCAGCAUCGAUAAGGACGUCGGCCGCGUGACGCGGGCCGUCGAGAAGGUGGUCGGCGUCAUGGAGGGCUGGGAGCGGCGCUGGCGCGACGACAACAACAACAAUACCAACAGCGUCAAGAACGGCGGCGGCAGCACCAGCAAUGGCGUGCCGCCGUGGUCCGAUCAGCAGCACAACGGGCACUUCAGGAGGAGCAGCGCGGGCAGCAGGUCGACGCACCAGCAGGAAGAAGACGCGGAUCUGUACCGGCGCAAGGUCGAGGCCAUGGAGGGCUUGCGCCGCCUGAUGGAGGCCCAGCCCGCGCCCAUGGUCGAGGAUGCGGAUCUGUAUCGGAGGAGGGUCGAGGCGCUGGAGGGGCUGCGGAGGGUGCUGGAGAUGCAGCCCGGUGUGGAAGUAUUGAGGGUCGCGCCAGGGGCCAAGAAGAAGGUGCCUGGGAAGGGGGCUGUUGGUGGAGGGGGAGGGAUGAAUUUCGGGGCUGCGUUGAGUGUAAGGAGUGAGGGGAGGGCACUGAAGAAGGAGAGGAGCGGGGAGACGUUGGGCGAGAGCUUGUUGGACUUGUGA